GGGACUUCGACGGUCUUGUGCGGAAGCAGGAGGUCUCUAGACUAGCCAAAAACAAAUACGCCUUGUAAAGCUAUCUUUUUUUCCAGCAUUUUGCGAUAGAGUUACCUAAUUUAUAGACUAACUCUACACGACACAACAUUUUCUUGUAAAUUCGUGUGGAAAUAUCUCAAAAGAAGAUGGGUGCCUGUCUUACAGUCGGACCAAAUGAAGCUCUUGUUGUUUCUGGUGGAUGUUGUGGUUCAGAUAACAAAGCCUACAUGGUAGGGGGCUGGGCCUGGGCAUGGUGCCUGGUCUCUAACACUCAAAGGAUAACUCUGGAGAUUAUGACUCUCCAACCAAAGUGUGAGGAUGUUGAAACUGCUGAGGGGGUUGCCAUCACUGUGACUGGAGUGGCACAGGUCAAAGUCAUGACUGACCAUGACUUGCUUGCAGUUGCCUGUGAGCAGUUUUUGGGUAAAUCCGUCUCAGAAAUUAAGGCAGUGGUUUUGCAAACAUUGGAGGGACAUUUGCGAUCAAUUCUUGGCACACUGACAGUGGAACAGAUCUACCAGGACAGGGACCAGUUUGCCCAACUGGUACGGGAGGUGGCAGCGCCUGAUGUGGGCAGGAUGGGCAUAGAGAUCCUCAGCUUCACCAUCAAGGAUGUGUAUGAUAAACUGGACUACCUUAGCUCUCUGGGAAAGACACAGACGGCCUCUGUCCAAAGGGAUGCAGACAUCGGUGUGGCUGAGGCAGAAAGAGAUGCUGGGAUACGGGAAGCUGAGUGCAAGAAGGAAAUGAUGGAUAUCAAGUUCCAGGCAGACACUAAAAUGGCAGACUCAAAACGAGAACUGGAACUGCAAAAGGCUUCUUUCAAUCAAGAAGUCAACACCAAGAAAGCAGAGGCCCAGCUGGCCUACGAACUACAGGCAGCCAAGGAGCAGCAGAAGAUCCGUUUGGAAGAGAUUGAGAUUGAAGUGGUCCAGAGAAAGAAGCUGAUCAUCAUUGAAGAGAAGGAGAUCCAACGUACGGAGAAGGAGCUUAUCGCCAUGGUGAAGAGGCCCGCCGAGGCUGAAGCCUACAAGAUGCAGCAGCUGGCCGAGGGACAGAAAGUAAAGAGGGUGCUGACAGCCCAGGCAGAGGCAGAGAAGAUCAGGAAGAUAGGUGAGGCUGAGGCUCUUUCCAUAGAGGCAGUGGGGAAGGCAGAGGCUGAGAAGAUGAGGCUGAAGGCUGAGGCCUACCUGCAGUAUGGAGAAGCAGCCAAGAUUGCCCUGGUCCUGGAGGCCCUGCCCAAGAUUGCUGGCAAGGUGGCAGCCCCGUUGUCCAGGACUAAUGAAAUCGUCAUCCUGAGCGGGGAGGGAAACCGUGUGACUGGGGAAGUGAAUCGCCUCCUGGCUGAACUUCCUGUGUCUGUUAACGCCCUGACUGGAGUUGACCUAACAAAGAUUCCUUUACUGCAGAAGAUGACUGGUGCUCAAGCCUGAAAACAAUCCACCUUACUCAAAGAUGUUUUAUGCAUUCUCAUUGACUGCCUUCAGUACACUUGAAAAUUAUUUUUGUUCUUUUAUAUGUUCAUGAACAAGUGGAUAUUUUGAAACCUCUGGUGCCUUAAUUUCUACAGGACCAGAAUAUCUGCAUGUACCUCUAUAUAUAUAUAUCUUUGAGUUCAAUCAUUUUUUUUAUAAAACAUAGAAGCCACUAAAAACCAUGUAAUUACAUGGAUAUCUAUUUGUACCUCUUCAUAAGCAUGGUAAUAUUUUUUGUUUAUGUAUACCUCAUCUCCAGUUUCUAAUAUAGUUGCCCUGUCCUAGCCAUCUGUCUCAUUCUCAUGGUAUCUAUUUUGGGGUUUAUGGCAAUUCUCACUCACUGUACAUAUCUGUUAAUAAUUUGAUUACAUUUAACUCUGUUUUGUCUUAGCGUUAGAAUUAAUCAUCUUAAACAACAUUCUCAAACAUGACACACUUUUGGGAAAAGUUCACAUAUCUCUACUAGAGUGGAUAAUUUGUCUCCAUGUAAUUGAUUUCCAGACUUGAUUAUUAAGAUUUCCAAUAAUAUGAAUUAGAGUUACAAGAGAGAGUUAAUCUCAUAUUUUCUGCUUUCUGGAGUAGCAGUAUGUUGUUCUGGAGAGUUGUUGAAAGGCCUCAGUUCAGUUUAACUCAUGGCCUAGAUUCCCAGAAGAGUAAGGACAACAUUUUUGGGAGAUGAUGUUAGUCAAGAAUGGUUGACGUGCUCUAAAAGCAUCUUUAGUUAAGGAAUUCAUAAAUUGUCCAUCAAACUAUUGACCAACAGUCAUCAAUUUUACUGGUAACGAAGUUGAGAUUGUUGUAGAAAAUGAUGAGCCUGGCAGAAAUCACUAUGUUGAUUCUGUCUUUGUAACAUUGUUUGAUUUGAUAUUAUGUAACACAGUUAUAAUAUUGUCUUUUAUUUUAUUUGUACAAUUUAUAUAGUAAUAUUUUUAAAUAAUUUACGCCAUGUUUGACAUUCCUUUUAGGUCUGUCUGUAAAUUACUGUUUGUUUGUAAAGUACUCUUUUCAAAAUAUACUUUUUACUCUCAUAUCUUACACUUAUAAGAUACUUCUGUUUAGACAAGGCUGUGAGAUAUGUGGUUUAUGUUCUUUUAAAGGAAGUACCACAGUAAAAUAUGUAUGCUGUUACAUUGUUACCUGCAUUGAUUUAAUUUGAAUUCUUUUGAAUAUACAGUUGAAUAUGGUUUUUGAAGGAUUAACCAGGGAGUAGUACAUUGAAAAAAAAGCCAAAAUCAGUAGCAGGUUUAUUAUGUUUUCUCUUUGUAUGCUGUCAUCACCAAUUUGACAUCUUAUUAAAAUGUUAAAUAAUACAAAUUUGCUAAACUACAGAGAACUCUUGACAUCUGGGAUUAAUUUUAUCAAUGGAAAAUCUGUAAAAGACUGUUAAAUCAUGCAUUGGAAUUUAGCUAGUCCUAAACUGAUAAUUCAAUGUCUAAAUAUGAUUUGUUGCUGCUACUUAACC